GAGUGUCAAUUGCUUUUAGGUUCACGCAUGCAGGUACGUGUGACAAAAUUCUCAAGAUGGCGGGAGUCAGUAGAGGCCGAAGUAAGUUCUUGUGUAGCCGUCUGGUACGAUCGAUUCGAAACUUAUCUACUAGUGGACGAUUGUUAGAUGAGCACAAAUGCGUGGCUGUAGAAGAAGCGGAAUCGUUUAUUGAGCGGUGUAUGGGGGCUGUUGGAACUCCGAAAGAACAUUGCCGAGCUCUAUCACAAGUUCUUGUCGCGGGGGAUGCGAGAGGACACUUUAGCCAUGGAUUAAAUAGAUUAGGUGAGAUCUGAGUGUUUCUAAGUGAUAGAUAUCAUACGGUGCGAUAAAUAAGGGGUUUAAUUAUUGAUGAAUUUUAGUCUUCGUGAAUUAUAUUAGCCGAAAAGCUUAAGUACGUGCCUAAAGACAUGGCUUAGUUUGAAUUUGUUUUUAACCUUAUCGUGCCCUCUACUUUGAAACUGGGGAUAGGUGGGAGUGUAGAAAGUUACGGAACGUCAAACAGAACCCGUGUGUAAAUUUGUGAAAUAACAUCGCCAACGUUUCAUUCAUAUUUUGACCAUUUUACCGAACUCAUAAGCAAAACAAGAGUGAAGGCAAAAAAUGCAAAGGGCUAGGGGAUAAUCCAGGGGGAUGGUGAUUGGUCCCCACUUGGAAAGCUGAACCUGCGUUCCCAAGACCAGAUUCCAGUUACGAUUUUGUGAGUUUCAUAAGUGAGCAUAUCACAGGUUUAAAGUUUUAUCCUUAACAAAUAGAUGCAGAAUCAUUUUGCUUCAUGAGAAUAUAGUUAUUUUAUGUGAAAGUAACACCAUUACCGGGGAGGGGGGGGGGGGGUGCUUCUCCCUUCUUCAAAAAAUGUUUGUGUGUAUUGUUUUUUAUGUGGAAAAUAACUUGAAAAUUGAAUUUUUUAUGUUUUUUAAAAAAAAAAAUAUGAUGCAUGUUUUUUUUUUUUAAGAUAAUUUUUUUUUUUUGUGGAAAAAUCACCCCGGGGGGGGGGGGGGGGGGGGGGGGUCCUUCCUUAUAAGAGACUAAUGGGGAUAUGCUGCUGGAUGGGGUGGCAUUUUCACUACUGGAUUGACUAUAAUGGGGUUGCAUAUUUCAAUAGAGUUACUAGAAUAGGGUCGCACAUUUUCGGAUUUUUUGGGGUAAGACAGUUCUUCAUAUUUACAGUUAGCAAACGUACCGGAAUGUUUGUAUUGUAGGUGAAAAGUAAAGUGUUCGUCAUUGAACCUAAAAAUUGGGUCAGUUCAUAAAAAUAGAUUAUGACUGAGUUAGGAUUAUGAAAAUUACAUAUUUGCCCAAAAGAGGCUAAGAUGGGGUCCAUAAUUGGCCACAAGAAUAGACUAUAAUGGGGUAGGGCUCUGGGAGGCCAGCGGCACAUACCCAGCAAAAAUUAACCCAAGUACCUCCCAACCCCCCCUCCCCCCCAACCCCCAGGGCACCGUUACAUGUGCAACAAGGAGACAAUAUGCUUGCCUCUGGUCCUAAAAUAACCCCCUCCAUUGACGGGCCUUGCACUAUGGGAUCAUAUUUCUCUCAUUUACAAAGUCCACAUGUACUUGAUGGCAGUGCCUAAGGCAGAUGCCUAAGAAAAUGGCCCUUAUCAUCCCUAUAUAGCGACCUAUUACAAAAGUCGCCAUUAUUAUAGUGGUAUGAAUAUAUGAAGCUCUUGCAAGUGAUCAGCCCUCACCUGUUUCAACUAUCCUGAAAAAUUUAUUGAAUUUAAGAUAAUACAGAACAUAAGCAACUAUAUAAUGGCUCAUUGACUUUUACACACAGGAAUACAAACUGAGUAAGUUGCUCCAGUGGUAAUAUACACAAAUGUAAAGCAUCCUUCCUGUAACCCCUCAUAAGGGACCACCAAUAUCAUUUUUGUAAAUAGCCAUCUCUAGCUUCCUCACACAUCAGGUGGUUACUCAUGAGAGCUUUGUUGGUAUUCACGGGACCUGAAUAAAAAUAUCUGUGAUGCACUAGCUAUAGAGAAGUGUCAGGAGAGGUAUGUUGCUGUUAAUUCAGAAACAGCAAGGUUUAUGUUUCCAGUUUUAACAGCUAAAUAUUUUACAAAAAGCCUUUUUUUGGUAAUUUUAGAAAUGUAUGUUCAUGAUAUUGAAGUUGGUACCACCGUUCUGGAAGGAAAGCCUGAAGUGAUGAAUGAGACUUCUGCUACAGCACUUGUGGAUGGGAACAACCUGCUUGGACCAGUAAGUGGUUAUAACAAAAUAAAUUGAAUCCAUAAUUUUUUACACUCUCUUAGCUACCAUCCGGUUGUCUGCUGUUUAGUUAUUUAUUGUAAUAUUUGCGUGUUUGUUUAUUUUUAUUUGUUUUAAUUUAUAAAAAGGUAUAGUUUUAAGGUGAUAUGACUGACUUAUUAACACCCAAAAGUCUAGUCUAACGUUAUCCUCUAUUAAGCCCCCCGGGGGCUUGUUUAUUUCAAGCAUGUUUGAGGGCAGGCUUAAUAGAGGUCUGGGGGGUGGGGGGGGGGAGGCGGCAGUAAAUAAUUUACUGAAAUGGGUUACCAUACUGCUUUUUUGAACAACUAGAAGAUGAUUUCAAUUCCCGAGAAAGAACUAGGACUCAUGACAAAGCAAAUGAUGUUUGAGGUCUUGCAGUCACAGAUCAAAACAAAUCCAAACGUCCAGCAUAUCAAUAAUAACCAUACCAGAUCAGUCCAUCUUUUGUGAAUUUGGUAGUGAAGAAUAAGGAGAGAGGGGUGUGGGGGCGGGGGGCUUAAAAGAGGAGGGGCUUACUAACUUUCUUCCCCUGAAAAGGGGUAGGGGGGGUGUUAUUAGAGAAGGAGGGCUUAUUUGAAUUAGGGGGUUAAUAGAGGAUUUACAGUGGUAUAGUUUCAUGUUGUGCUGAAAAUCCACCCCCUGGUGCUUGGUCAAUGAAAUUGCUGUUUCUAUACUACAUAAGGUCUGGGCUGAUGGAUACAAAAUCAUGAAAAGGCUAAUCUCUAGCAUGUCUGUUUGUUUAUUACAUGUUAUGGCUAAGAAAUGUCAUUUCACGUCAGUGCUGCUCUGUGCUGCAGACAGACGGACAGAUGAGAGCUCUACGAUAAUAAUAUUAUUGUACCCUACAAAAGAUGUAGCAUUCAAUAUUUAUUUUGCUGAGUAUAUGUUGACAUGUAGGUUGUUGGAAACUUUUGCAAUGAGUUGGCAAUGAAGAAAGCACAAGACACUGGAAUUGGCUGGGUAGUUUGUAGAGGUAACUGAGUCUUAUCUAGCCUACAUGUAGCCACACCCUUCCCCCAAAGAAGGAAAAAAAAGGCUGCAGCUACAUCUAUGCUAUCUUUUAUCAAGUGUCAAUUUAUACAAAAUGCAGAUUUCUGACACUCAGGCCUGAGCCUAUACUACUUAGGCAGCGUUCACACUUGGUGCCGGGGAACACCGCCCCAAUAUGGUAAUUACUUAGCACUAAAAUUUUCAAGUACUCAUGCUCGAAUAGGGUGCUGUGCCAGUGAAAGACCUUGUAUUCAAGCAUAAAAGUGGGCACUGGGUCCCUCUGUGCACACUGAUUUUGUUAUUUCUGGGGCAGUCCACUGCUGUAUAUUCGCUGCUAAGCUCAUGUUCCACAAUGGGGUCUGACAGGGCAAAAUGGAGUAACUAUGUACACAGAGUCACAUUCCGCGUACUCAAAGUGUGGACCCAACACCUUUUUGUACUGGUACUCAUUGGUGGGCACUGGUUCCUGGGCACGAAAUGUGGUCAGCCCCUUACUCACCUAAGUUUUAUGCAAUCAUAAUCUUAUAAUAUUAUGAAAUUUAUGAUAAUAAAUAUUAUUAUUCUGCUAGGUUCAAAUCAUUAUGGAAUUGCCGGCUGGUACACCAUGAAGGCUGUGGAGCAAGGUCUUAUUGUAAAUAUUAAUAUCAGUUUUAUUCUACUGACACCAUUUCAGUUUAGUAACAUGACGCAACAUCAGUAAGUGAGGAUUGUGAAUUACGAUGUCCUAAGCCCUAAAAAUGCAUAACCAAGUUUGUCUUUUAAACAUCCCUCAUCAGGUUAGUCAAAGUUGAUGAGCUUUCACCAUGUCAUUAAUUAAGCUCACAAUCACUUGCCAUGCCCAGUUGAAAAACAAAAUACUGUUUAGAGAUGUGUCCAAGAGCCAUAAGCCUCAAGCAGUAAAGAAUUGGGUCCAGACUGUGGGAUUCAAGGUUGCUGACAUGAGGCAGCCAUAGGAUGCUCAAUUUGAUUGAUUCUGGACUGUGAAAAACAAGCACUGUCAUUGUAUUGGUUAAAAAAAUUUAAAAUACAACCCUUUAGAUAGUGGUCACCCUGUAUAUUACAAUCAAAUUUUCAGUUGCAUUAUAUUUCCUGCAAAUUUGACCUGUAUAUAGCAGUCUCCCUGUAUAUAACGGUCACCUUGCCAUUUUCCAAGGGUGACCAUUGUAGGCAGGUUUGACUGUAUAGAUACAGGCAAUAUAAACCAGGCCCCAGUUGUUCAAACGCUUGUAGUGCUAUCCUCCAGAUAAAUCACUAUACAGUGGAUAAGUAUGUUAGCCUAAGGGAAACCAAUUGCACUAUCCACUGAAUAGAGGUUUACCCAGUGGAUAGUGUUAUCCACCUUUUGAACAAGUAGGGCCGGCAUCAUAACCCGGCUUGUGCUUUACUGAUUAUUGUUUUAGGGGAUGAGUCUUACAAACACUUCACCACUGGUAGUGCCAACUAGAGCUCGUGAGGUAUGUUUAUUUUAAAGGACCCAUAAUUCUUACGAGAUUUUGUCUUGUAUAUCCCAAUCAUUUCUAUUGAAAAGUUCGUGCCAUAAAAUUAUCAUUAUGGUAGGUAUGUGCAUUUUAGAGACAGUGUAUAAAGGCACAUGUAUGCACUCGUGCAACUGGGCGAGGAGCGGGAAAAAUGGCACUGGUGAGCUCAAGCCCUCCUUUUUUUUGGCUCAUUGUUGGUUUUUUUUUUUUUGCCAUAGUAUACUUUAUUUGUUUCUUUGAGUUUUCUAUUUUUGUUGUAGCUGCAGAGUUUGGUUGGCGGCACCACAUUCUCUUUGCUCACUUUGUCUUGCUUAAUAUUAGUCACCUGAGUUCCUCUAAGAGCCUGUUUACAGUGGGGGGCCCCAAGUAGGUGAGGUAACCCACUUUGGUGGGGUAACCCACCUGCCCAUAUAAUCUCUCAUUUUUAUUUGAUGACGUUUACAUGAUAGGUGGGGUGACCCGCCGCAUGUUACCUCACCUAUCUGGGGGUUCCCCACCUUCAUGUAAACAGGCCCUAACAUGUAGGGGUAGGCGGCGUAAUAAGACACAAGACUCACUAAGAUGACCAAACCAACAGAAAACUCCAGCUCCUACUGCGCCUCAAGAGAAAAAAAUUCUGACAAUAGUUUUACCAUUGAGACAUAAUGCUUCCAUGGUUUAGAGAGUUCAAGAACAAGUCAAAUUUUUUUUCCAAAAUGCAAAAAACCUCCUUCCCCUUUUGUUUUAAAGUAACUUUUACCCACCUUGCCGCUGUUUUUAUUGUCAUCACACAAUGCUCCUCGAUGAACGUUGUUUGACGCACUAAAAGUGGCUGUGAACCCAAUACGUCCCAAGAUACUGACCAACAUCAAUCCCUUAAUAAUAUAAAUACAUACUCAGGAAAAAUGGUUGGGAUAAUUUAAAAGAUGAUCCCUAAAGCGAAAGUGCGUUGGCCUUUUAACGGUUCUCUCCGCUAAUUCUGUAAGAUAAAGAAGAUGAAGAUGAAGAUCGGAGAAUUUGUAUGUGGAUUUUGGGGCUAUUUAUAGGCACACGCCGUAGUGUGAUUUUUGAUUUCAGUUAAGAGAUCAUUUUUUUCUCUGUCAGGUUACAGUAGGUACUAAUCCUAUAUCAGUGGCUGCCCCAGGAAAAGAUGGUGACAGCUUUGUUCUUGAUAUGGCAACAAGUUCUGUUGCUCUUGGAAAGGUAAGUGGAUAGGAAUUUGGUAGGGAACGUUAGGAAGAGUUACAGGGUUAUGAUUUUCUGACGUUUACAUUAUUAGGGAGUUUUUAAAGGUGCUACUCACGACGAGGACGGCGAAAACUUCGCUUAAAAAGUAACUUCCCCUUUUUUGAAACGUUCAGGGCGAUUAUGCCAAAUGCAGGCGAACUCUCCAGAGAGUUGAAUUCUUAAGAAAAGAUCUGAGUUAAAAAAGACGGAAGAGUGGUUCGUCGUCUCUUAUUAACGUUCUCAAUAAAACUUGAAAUUUGGCAAUUUCACGUCGUAGUUGUGCAGCGACGGUAAAGAAAUGUACAAAAAAGUGUUCUGCACUUGCAACCACACCUCAUCGGUCGAAUUUUCGACCGGCGGGAAAAUUUGACUGGACAUUUGGUUCACACGGGACCGUUCAAUACUUUCGCUUUGUUCACACGAAAAUUUGAACUGCUAGGCGUUUAAAUUUUCCUAUGGUUAAGGUCAUUUGGUGUUAACGGAACACCUAAAAGCAGGAAUUGUCAAUCGGUGGAAACCUAUAGCCGUUGAAGUCGCCGUCGAAAGGACCUUACGAAACUACGACGGUGACGGCAACGGGAACAGGAACAUCAAAAAAGCGGUUCAGGUUAAUGAGCAAACAACAGCUCUGCACGUGCUUCACGCUUUUUUGUGCAUUUCUUUGCCGGAUCCAUCACCAAGGGCCUGAAUGUUUGGUUACUGAAAUUUUUAAUAUUUAUUUUUCAUAUUAUUGCCACAACCUAAAUAUCCUCUGCAAGUCACACGAACUGUAAAACGUAUGCAAAUGACCAGUUCAGGCCUUGACUGUCCCUUGUGUCUUUUUUACUUCAGAUAGAAAUGGCAAACAGGAAAGGAGUGGAAAUUCCUCAUGGCUGGGGUGUGGAUCCUACAGGGCAGGUGAGAGUUACUUUUGUUCAAGACUGAUUCACCAGUGCACAAUUAUGAUCAGCUUUAUCUAAGAUAAAAAUUCUUGCUACUUUAAGGCUGUUAUUGGAGCAAACGAUGGCUGGGGGAGGGUGGGGGGAGGAGGGAGUAAGGUCAGCCGCUGGCUACAGAUUGUUAUCGCACAAAGCAUCAUUUUUUGGCGUGAUAGCCCUUGUAUAAAGCCACUGCGUGUUUGCGAGUUUUCAGGGACUACAGUGACUGGAAACCUUGCAAGGAUUUUAACUGUUGUAGUUGUAAAAGAACCAUGCAAUUGAUGGCGAAACAAAUUAAAAGAUCAUCGCCUCCUGGGGCCGCUUUUAUAAAAAGGUUCUUUGGAUAUGUGCACCCUUAAGUAUUGUUUUGGGAAAGUAAUCUAUGGUUUUGAUACGAUAAUUUUAACGAGUGCAGUCCCAGUUAUCUUAACUGAUUCUUUUUACAAAUCGACCCUGGCCAUCAAGCAAUUGUUGUAAGAGGAAUGCUUCCAGGUUUCUGAAUAUUUUUUGGCCUGUUUAAUUAAGUUUUUACUUCGUCUGAUGCUCUGACUUGCUUGAUUUGUUUUAAAGGAAACAGUCUAUCCAAACAAAGUUUUAACUGGUGGUGGGCAACUCCCUCUUGGUGGAAUGGAAAUCACAAGUAAGUCAUUUAAGGAGAGACGGAUCCAGACACAUUUUCCAAAAAAAGGACUGAGACUAAUAUGGUGUGUUCAAGAAUUCUGAAAGUAUUGUGUCCAGGAAGAAAGGCUCUUUAGAAAUGCCACAAAAUUUUAUACGUACACUGUACCCCCGCUUAAACCACCCAUAGUUGUUACGAAAAUGUAGCUUAUAACAGUAGCAGCAGAAAUGUUUGGUUUUGAGAGAGGACAGGUUUUCAUAACAACACAAGCAUAAGCACUGAAGCGUUUAAGUCUCGUUUCAAGAAAAAAGAAGCGACAGUGGCUACAGCGCGCGGAGGUCUCAGUAAACAUCAACUUGACCAAUGGCUAAUCAAUGGCAGAGAAAUUAUGGCAGUGAAAAAGGAAAAACUGAGCACCGGAAGUCGUGUUCAGUCCUUUCUGUAAGCUCUGGUGUUCUCGUUUGACACUAUUCUUAUUUGACGAUCAUUUGGCGCUGCUCUCGUGACUUCUUUUGACGCUGCGUUGCCUUUGCUAAAUCUGUUACAUAGUUGAAAAGUAGGUUAUUUUACUAUUGUGGCUACCACUCUUAGUAGACGGAGCCUCCUUUUCUCUUCUUUGAUUAGGAAGAAGCCAAAAAAGCACAUUUGGAGAGUGACUCUGCUCCCAGGGUCAUUUGAUUUCAACACAGUUAUGAAGUUAGAUUUUUACUGCUCUGUUAUGACUGGACGGCAUUCUAUUUCCUUUCAGGUGGCUUCAAAGGCUACGGUUUAGCAGUCAUGGUUGAAGUGUUUUGCGGGAUUCUGUCCGAUGCGGCGUUUGGUCCAAACAUCAGGCGGUGGUCUGGGGACGAGAGAGUGGCCAAUUUGGUGAGCGCUUUUAAUGCCUUGAGUUGAUUUGCUGUCCUUGCUUUUUUUGUGUGCGUGUUUUGACUGUAAUUUGUUUUGUAUAUUUAGGGACAAUGCUUUGUUGCUUUAAAUCCCAGUGUUUUUGCUGCUGGAUUCGAAGACCGUAUGCAGUCUCUCAUGGACCAUUUGCGAAACCUCCAACCGGUAAGUAGCCUAAAUUUCAUCCGGUUACUUCGAGUCGUUAUUACUCCCUCAUAAUUAUACAUAAUUAUGCGAAUGUUUAAACAAUCAACCAAUCAAAAUCACUAAUUGGUUUUCCCUUCAUAAUUAUACAUAAUUAUGCGAAUGUUUAGACAAUCAACCAAUGAAAAUCACUACUUGGUUUUCGGGUAGUGAGUGACGUCACCGGACGGCGUUAACGGCCGGUCGAUUCAGACGUUGUUGAGAGGAGAAAACGACUCGAAGCAAUCGGAUGAAUUUCAGGCUAACCGGUAAGUGCCUGCUAGUGGAAUGUUAAAAUUAUCCAGCGCUAUUAAAGCGACCUCACCGGAAUUAAACGUUGUGGAUUCAUUUCUUCACGAAGCAAUCGGCACGUUCACCAAGUCAAUAUCUUUUUGUCAUUCAUGCAGGGUAAAGACUAAAUUAAGCUUUUACUGAGCUUUCAUGAGGUGGCGAGAGGUCGACAUGUUUCGCAUGAAAGAUUUUGAAUCUCGUCGUUUUUCGCAAAAAAUUAGGGGAUGCUGUUCUAUCGAUCGCUUGAGGAACCGCUCAGAGGUCGCAAGCUUGUGUGAUAUCAACGAUGAUUGACAAAUUUUUUUGGCAUUCUUGAGUGUGAUUGGCUUCAGCUAUGGAAUAUAUUUAGCGAGCCCUUUUUGGUUCCCUAACUUGGCGCGCUGUAAGCGAGUAAAACAGAGCCUCGGAAAUACGAAGUACUUUGUUUAAGUCUAGAAGAAAAGUUCUUUAUGCAAUGCUGUUUGAGGUGAGGUUUGACUUCGUGUUUCAUCAGAUUGAGGGUGAAUCUGCAGUACUUGUGGCUGGCGAUCCGGAAAGGGAACACAUGCGCAAAGUAGAGCAAGAUGGUGGUAUUCAUUAUCACGUGAAUUUACUGUCGGCUAUGGUAAGACUAAGUGUUUUACAGUUUGUGGCACGGCAAUAGUCUUGCGUAAUAAAUCUCUUUAUACACUUUCACUGUGAUACAUGUCCGUUUCGUGGAAGAAAAAAAGAAGAACAUGUUUUUUUUGCUUUCUUUUGUUUUGUUUUUUUUUGGACAAGACCAUUAUAAAGAUUAACAAGACACCCAGCACAGACAACAACGUUUUUUUUUUCUUUCUUUAAAAUACCCUUUGUGAUAUUAUUCUCUUAAACUUCCCCUCUAUUUAGGAUAAACUGGCAGACCGACUCAAUGUGCCAAGAAUGCCAACAGUGACUAAAGAAUGAACCUCAACGAACCAGCGUUGCUGUGAUAAUCGCUCAUUAGGGACUUCAAGAUCCAACGACGCGACGGCAAUGAGAACGUCGCUUAAAAAGUGAAUUUGCGUUCUUUCAGUCUUUAUCGCAAUUAUUCCUACCCACUUACUUUGUCAAAUGUAGGCGAACCCUCCUGGAGUUGAAUUCCUAGCGACCAUAUCCAAGUACAGAAAGAGAAAUUAAAUUUCGUCGUUGCUUGUUUACGUCCUCCAUAAAACGCAAGAUUAGGCAUUUUCACGUCAUAGUCGUGCAAAAACGGGCAAAGAAAUGCACAAAAAAGCGCGAUGCACGUGCAAAGUUGUUAUUCUGCUUAUAAAACCUUUUGUUUUUUUGGCGUUCUCGUUACCGUCCGCGUCGUUUGAUCUUAAAGUCCCUAUUGUGAGACUACACCGCAUUGAAGAGUCAUCCAACAUAUAGUUAUUACUGUGGAUAAGUUGAAAUGCCGUGCAGACUUUUCGAGUGCUAGCCCUUAGUUAGAGUUGGUCUCAAGGAAGGGUAGCGUUCAUGAUCAAUUUUUCUGCUUUUCAGUCUUUUUGCAGGGUUCAAUCUAAGGUAUUUGAGGGGUAGAAGCUUCCUCCCCCCAAAAAAAUACCCAGCCUCCCCCAAAAAUAGUGUUAUCAUUACAGGGUAUAAGUAACUAUAUUGGAAAAAAUCGUCCAGACGGGACGAGGUCAGUGCACAUGAAGUAAGAAUUCCCUGUCUAAGGACACUAUAUGACAAGGAACAUGGAGUAUUAUUUAAAAAUAAAAUACCACUGUAUCAUUUCUUAAAAUUGUCUCUCAAAAUGCAACAGAUUGUAUCUCAGCGCGUGUUAAUUUUAAAAAAUUACCGGGGGGGCACGCCCCCGGACCCCACCAGGAAACUCAUGGCCUUCGGAUACUCGGCACGUCUCCUCCAAACAACAAAUCUUAGAUAGAACCUGCUUCUAGCUUGCAUUGAAAUGAAUUCGAAUUUCUACGACAUUUUGGGGCUUGAGAAUGCGAGUAAACUAAAAAAUUAUUCAGAAGAAAAAAGAAACUUUAGUAACGCACCCAUUCGCACGAACACUGAAACUCGUUAUAAGCUGUACUUUUCAUCACGGUUGAUUUUGUUUUCUUUGCAAAAGGUACGUGUUAAUUUUUGACAAUCAAACUUGGUGCAAUCGGAAGCGCAAGUUCUCUUUUACGGAUUUUUUUAUUCUGUUCAAACGGGUUCAAUUAUACUUGUUUUGCAGGUGUUAUUGCUGAAGGCGGUAAUUUAUAUUUUAUUAUUAUUAUUGUUUUUAUCAUGUAAUACACAGCUGCUUACAGGCGUCAUUCAUAUUGUGUUAUAAAACAAAUGAUUGUGUAGAUUGGUCCAUAUCAAAAUUUAGUCUAUGAGGAACGAACAACUAGCUUGUGUACAGACCCCCCCCUGCCUUCCCUCAGGA